AAAAGUUCCGGUCAGGGCAAGGGCAAGGGCAAGGGCAAGGGCAUCGUGUCUCUCGGAAGCCCGAAGUUUCUCUCUUCCGUCGUCGUCUCUGCUGAGAGAGUGAUCGUCCAACAUCCCUGCGCCCCAAUUCCAUUCCUUUUGCGAGCCCUACCUUCUUCAAUCCGCACCUGUCAACUCAUAUACCCCUCGGCGACGAUCAUUCGUAAAUUUAGGGUAACGAACGACGAAAAUGCCUCUGUUCCUCUCUGACGAGGAGUUCGAGCGGUGCUCGCAGGACGCCUCUCUCGUGGCGGAGAAGGCCGACGCGUUCAUACGAGAGCUUUACAAUCAACUGGAAACCGCCAAGGCGCAGGCCGAUGCGGCCGCCAUCACCGCGGAGCAGACCUGUUCGCUCCUCGAGCAGAAGUACGUCUCCCUCUCCUCCGAGUUCGCCAAGCUCGAAUCGGAGAACUCGCAACUCAACUCCACUCUUGAACAGCGCCUCUCGGACCUCGCCCAAGCCCAAGCGCAGAAGCAUCAAAUCCAUCUCAAAUCCAUUGAGAAAGAUGGCGAGAUCGAGCGGCUUUCUACCCAGGCUUCCGAAUUUCAGAAGUCCAAGAGGCAGUUAAUCGACCUGUUGGAGCAGAAGGACGUAGAGAUUAGUGAGAAAAAUGCUACGAUCAAAAGCUACGUGGACAAGAUUGUCAACCUGACUGACAGUGCUGCAUCGCGGGAAGCUCGAUUGAAUGAAAUUGAGGCAGAGUUGGCACGUUCUCGUGCUUCCUGUGCUCGUCUUACUCAGGAGAAAGAACUCAUUGAGAAACAUAACGCUUGGCUUAAUGAUGAAUUGACAACCAAAGUUAGCAAUCUCAUUGAGCUCCGGAGCACACAUAAUGAACUUGAGGCAAAUAUGUCAGCUAAGACUGCAGAUUUUGAGAGAAAAUUGAAUGAAAGUUUGAGCUCUUUAAAAUGGAACAAGGAUAGAGUGGUGGAGCUAGAAGAGAAGCUUACACUGAUGCAGGAGGAGCUAAGCUCAUCUAAAGAUGGUGCUGCAGCCAGGGAAGAGCAAUAUUCUGCUGAAAUCUCCACGGUUACAAAGCUUGUUGAAUUAUAUAAGGAGAGUUCCGAGGAAUGGUCAAAAAAGGCAGGAGAGCUUGAGGGAGUCAUCAAAGCUUUGGAAACUCAUCUAAGUCAAGUUGAAAAUAAUUAUAAAGAGAGGCUUCAAAAGGAAAUAUCUGCAAAAGAAGAAUGUCACAAGGAAGCUGCUUAUUUGAAGGAGAAACUUGAAAAGUGUGAAGCUGAAGUUGAGACAAGAAGGAAAGCAAGUGAGCUGAAUCUUCUUUCUCUGACAGGUCUUACGGAAACAUGGGUGGACUCAGUUGAAGGAAAUGACACUGUUGGGGACAACCUCAAGGUAGUUCCUAGUAUUCCAGUCGGUGUUUCAGGGACAGCAUUAGCAGCUUCACUUCUAAGGGAUGGUUGGAGUCUUGCAAAAAUGUAUGCCAAGUACCAAGAGGCUGUUGAUGCAUUACGGCAUGAGCAAUUAGGAAGAAAGCAGUCACAGGCAAUUUUGGAGCGGGUCUUGUACGAAAUUGAGGAGAAGGCUAGUGUCAUUUUGGAUGAGCGAGUGGAACAUGAGAAAUUGGUUGAAGCAUACUCUGCAGUAAACCAAAAGCUGCAGCAAUCUCUUUCUGAGCAAAUUCAUUUAGAGAGGACCAUCCAGGAAUUAAAGGCUGAUUUGAGGAGGCGUGAAAGGGACUGCUCCCUAGCACAGAAGGAGAUCACUGAUCUCCAAAAACAGGUGACAAUCCUUCUAAAGGAAUGUCGAGAUGUACAAAUUCGUUGUGGAUCUGCUGGUCCUGAUUACAUUAAUGACAUUACCAUCUCUCCGGUUGUUGAGUUGAGUGUUGACUCUGAUGCUGAAAAAAUAAUUUCUGAAAGGCUGUUGACCUUUAAGGAUAUAAAUGGGUUAGUUGAGCAGAAUGUUGAGCUCAGAAGCCUCGUGCGGAGCCUCUCUGACCAGAUUGAAAGUAGAGAAAUGGAGCUGAAGGAGAAGUUUGAAGUAGAACUCCAGAGACACACUGAUGAGGCUGCUGCCAAAGUUAAUGCAGUACUAGCGAGAGCAGAAGAGCAAGGGAAAAUGAUUGAAUCACUUCACACCUCUGUUGCAAUGUACAAAAGGUUAUAUGAGGAGGAACAUAAACUUCAACUUCAUUCAACUCACUCCCGCACUGCAGAAGCAUCUGCUGGUUCUCAAGAUGUUGGGAAGAAUGAUCUUGUUCUUCUGCUUGAAGGUUCCCAGGAAGCUACAAGGAAGGCCCAAGAAGAGACUUCUGAGCGCAUGAGACAUCUGGAGGAAGAUUUGCGUAAAGUGAGGAGUGAGAUGAUAUCAUUACGAUCAGAGCGUGAUAAGUUGGAGCUUGAAGCGAAUUUUGCACGCGAGAAACUUGAUAGAUUCAUGAAAGAAUUUGAGCAUCAGAGAGAAGAAACCAAUGCUGUUAUAUCCAGAAAUGUUGAGUUUUCACAAUUAAUAAUUGGCCACCAGCGGAAACUACGUGAAGGUUCUGAAUCUAUAACUGCCGCUGAGGAGUUCUCACGAAAAUUAACCAUGGAGGUCUCAAUGCUGAAGCAAGAAAAAGAAAUGUUGACACAUGCAGAAAAGAGAGCUUGUGAUGAAGUUCGUGGUUUGUCUGAGAGGGUUUAUCGUUUGCAGGCUAGUUUAGACACUAUCCAGAGUGCAGAAGAAGUUCGUGAGGAGGCUAGAAGGGCAGAGAGAAGAAAACAAGAGGAGUACGUUAAACGGAUUGAGAAGGAAUGGGCCGAGGCUAAGAAAGAUCUUCAGGAAGAGCGUGACAAUGUUAGGCGUCUCACACUUGAUCGAGAAGAGAUUAUGAAAAAUGCCAUGAAGCAAGUUGAAGAAAUGGGAAAAGAACUAGCUAAUGCCUUGAGUUCUGGUUCCGCAGCUGAGGCCAGGGCUGCUGUUGCUGAGGCGCGAUAUUUGGAGUUGGAGAAGAAGAUCAAAUCUCCAGAAGCAAAGGUAUUUCUGAUAGGUGGGGAACAUGGCGAGAAUGGAAUAUCUCCUUCCUCAAGCACUGAGGUUAUUGCUGACUUGGCUAUUGCAAAAGAGGAGAUCCAAAAAUUGAGAGAGGAAGCACAAGUUAAUAAGGACCACAUGAUGCAGUAUAAGAGCAUAGCACAGGUGAAUGAGGCUGCAUUAAAGCAGAUGGAAAUUGCCCACGAAAACUUCAAAAAUGAGGCGGAUAAAGUGAGAAUGUCUCUUGAAGCUGAACUUUUAUCAGUUAGAGAGCACAUUAGUGAACUUGAAAGUGAAUAUAGUUCAAAGUCCAAAGAAGGUGCAUCCUUACUUGCCGAUAGGGAAGGGGCUCUUGCUUCUGCUAUUUCAGAAAUUGACCACUUCAAGCAAGAAAAUUCUCUUAAGAUGUCCCAGAUUUCGACAAUGGAAGUUCAAAUUUCUGCUCUGAAGGAAGAUUUAGAGAAGGAGCAUCAGAGAUGGCGUGAUGCUCAAACCAACUAUGAACGACAGGUCAUACUACAGGCGGAGACAAUUCAAGAGCUGACAAAAACAUCACAAAGUUUGGCUUUGUUACAGGAGGAAACAUCUGAAUUACGUAAAGUGACUGAUGCACUCAGAACUGAAAAUAAGGAACUAAAGGGAAAGUGGGAGGUGGAGAAGUCAAUGCUAGAAGAAUUAAAGAACGUAGCUGAGAAGAAGUACAAUGAGAUCAACGAGCAGAACACUAUACUGCACAGUAGACUUGAGGCUCUACAUAUUAAAUUAGCUGAGAAGGAUCAUGUUUCUGCUGGGUUGUCCUCUGGAAGCACUAGCCACGAUCCACUACGGGAUGAUGGGUUACAGAAUGUAGUAAAUUAUCUGCGGCGGUCAAAGGAAAUUUCAGAGACCGAGAUUUCUUUGUUAAAACAAGAAAAACUUCGACUGCAGUCACAGCUUGAGGGUGCUCUAAAGGCAGCAGAAACGGCACAAGCAUCACUUACUUCUGAGCGAGCAAAUUCAAGAGCAACGAUAUUUACUGAGGAAGAAUUUAAAUCUCUACAACUUCAGGUUAGAGAAGUAAACUUGCUUCGAGAAAGUAAUGUGCAACUCAGAGAGGAAAACAAGCACAAUUUUGAUGAAUGCCAGAAAUUACGCGAAGCUGCUCGUAAAGCAAGAUCAGAAAGUGAAGAUAUGCAGAAACUACUGAGAGAGAGAGAAACUGAGCUGGAUGCUUGUAAGAAAGAAAUUGAGAUGCAGAGAAUGGAGAAAGAACGCUUGGAUAAGAGGGUUUCUGAUUUGAUGGAGAGGUUCAAGAGUAUUGAUGUGGAGGAUUAUGAUCACAUGAGAGAAGAUGUUAAACAUUUGCAGGCAAAUCUGAGUGAGAAAGAUGCGCUGCUGGAGGAACUAAAGAAACUUCUUUCCGAGAAACAGGUUUCAAUAUCAGAAUUGGAGCAAGACCUUGUAAAGAGCAGAGCGGAAGUAAAUGAGAGGGAGAGCAGGCUGAAUGAUAGUUUGCAAAUUGAGGCUUCUCUGAAAUCUGAGAUCGAGAAGCACAAGAAGUUAGGAGCUCAACUUAAGAAAAAGUUUGAAAACUUGUCAAAGGAGAAGGAGGAACUGAGCAAAGAGAAUCAAGCACUUUCAAAACAGUUAGAAGACUAUAGGCAAGUAGGGAGGAGGGGCAUGGGGGAUGCUGCAGGUGAACAUGCAAUGAAGGAAAAGGAGAAGGAGAAAGACACCAGGAUACAGAUUCUAGAGAAAACUGUGGAGAGGCAGAGAGAGGAGUUGAAGAAAGAGAAGGAUGACCAUAAGACAGAGAAGGCAAAGCGUUUGAAGACAGAGAGGACAAUAUUGGAGUCUUUCAAGUCUGUGAAUCAGGAGAAAGCCAAGCUGGUAGAUGGGCUUGAGAAGCAUAAACAUGCCCUUAAGAGGCUGUCUGAAGAAGUUGAGAAGCUCAAGCAUGCUAAAGGCAGCCUUCCAGAGGGCACAUCAGUGAUUCAGAUCCUUUCUGGGACUCUAUUGGAUGACCUUUCUGCUUCCUAUCAUCUGACUGUAGAAAAUUUUGAACGUGUUGCUCGUUCAGUUUCAGGCGACCUUGGAGCUCUGUCUGGGGCAGACAUUUCCUCAUUUAUGGAUGCAUCACCUUCAGGAGUCACCACAGGUCAGCCAGUUCCUUCUCAAGCCCCAACCAUCUUAGCGCCACCAACAGGCACUGCAGGAAGUUUGCCAUUGGCUAAACCAACAGAUGAAAAAGAGAAGAGAUUUAUUUUACCAAAAGCAAAUAUUGAAGCCCGUAAAACUGGGAGGAAGUUGGUCCGACCUCGUAUUGUGAAGUCUGAAGAGCCCCAUGUAGAUCCAGAUCAGAUGCCAGAAACUGAGGGUUUCAACAGUGAUGGAAAGGCUCUGACCUCCCAUAACUUAGAAACUCAAGGCAGCCUUGCGCCAGUAACCCAUACAACUGCUCGCAAACGUCAUGCUUCUUCUACGUCUUCUGACUUGCCCGAAGAGUCGCUUGUUCAACGUGGCACCGGCUCUGAGAUGGAAGCCCCUGUGCUGAAGAAAUCUAAAGCCUCAGAAUCUCAACAAGAAGGUGCUGAAGUGCAAGCUAUUACAGAAAAUUUGGAAGCUGUUCCUGCAAUAGAAGAAUCUCCGGAUGCCAUUGCUGAUCUGUCCCAAGUGCUAAAUGAGGAAGCUAUGGAGAUCGAGAAGGAUGACAUAGAGACUGGGGAGCAGGAUGAGGAGCCAAAAGUUGGAGGUGCAAAUCAAAUUGAGUUGCAGAAUGAAAGCAAUGAUGUUAUGGAGGAAAUGGUCUAUAAAAAAAACGAACCAGAUGGGAUAUCAGAUGAUCAACAGAAGGCUGUUACCGAGCAGGACAUCCAACAGUCAGCACUGGAGCCGGACAUUGAGCCGGAAGAGGGAGAGCUGGUCCCUGAGGUGGCAGAUUCUGAAGGUGGUGGUAAUACAUCCACCAUGGUAGAGAGCCAAGAAAUGGUAGACAGCCAGCCCGAGCAGGCACCUCGUGUGAGUGUACCCAUAGUCGAUGAGGAAAUUCUAAUUGGUGCUACUGUGGACUUGGGAGAAGCUAGUUCUCCCCAAGUCCUAACUGACGAAGGCGAUGCAGAAGCAAAUGCCGAGGGCACAGACAAUCCAAACGAUGGUAACAACCAGGUUUUAGUGCAAGCAGACCACCCAAACCCUGAAGCCCCUUCAGAUACCAGUGAGAGAGCAUCGACAGUUACUGAUGCAGAAACUAAACAAGGUAGCCCGAGUGUCGCAACAGAAGCGCAAGAAGGAAAACAGGUAUCUCCCGCAGGUAAGAGCUCAACCACUAUUAAUUUGCAAGAGAGGGCAAAACAAAGGUCUGCACUGAGGCAAGCAGGAGUGAUUUCUAAUUCACUGGGUAGAGGCCGAGGAAGAGCAGGCCGUGGCCGCGGUGGGCGUCCCGGACGCGGCGGCCAGAGCUCCGGUGGACAGGGCUAAAGCUUUGAGGAGUUGAUUAGUUGAAUGAGGCAUGGCAUUGAGCGGACUGGACUGAAUGUUGCCUUGCCUCGUCAAUCAUAUGUAUGUUCAACCCAAAGAUGCCAGGAGGAGAAACAGACACCGCCGUUUAAAAAGCCGCCUAUCUUUUGCCGCUCGGGAAGGAAACUGAAUGAUAAGGGGUGGGGAUUGAGGUUGACGAGGGUAUUAGAAUUUUAAACAAAGUUCUGUUGAUUGGUUUGCAUAAUAGGCAUUUUUGAGGUUUGUUAUGUCUUAUGGCACCCAAAUACAAUACAUAUUAGAAAUUUUAAUCCACUCAGGACAUUUAUUUCUGGGAAA